AUGAAUCCAUACAGUGCAGGAUCUAGCAACGGUGUAAAUCAAGAUUUUGCGAGGGACAGAGCAACCAAUAAUGUCCUAGUGGGGGGAUAUGCUGAGAUUAUGGAGACGAUGUACAAUGUCACUGGGAAAUACCAUAGCCACAAGCAACUCAAGAACAAGGAUGAGUACUGUGCCAAGUUUAGAGAGAAGGGCUUAGAUCAUGAAGAUCUUAUGGAUCAGGUAUUAAGAGGGGUUACUUCAACUGGAGCAAAUGAAUGGACACCGGGUGAAAAUGUUGCAAGUGAUCCCGUGCUGGAGGAGGGAAGUGGAGAAAGUGUCACCCAAUCGCUGACAGCAAAUGACAUUGCCAAUCUACCAUACAUUCCUGCUGAAUUUGAGUUGUGA